AUCGCAGCGGUGGCAGCGACGGCAGCGACGGCAGCAACAACGCCAACAGAGCCAACAACAAUGGAGCUGGCGCCAGCGCACAGCGCGACGUCGGGCGGCCCAAGUGAGGAAUUACAACGGCAUAUAAAUCAAAAUUUAAUUAUGUCGCCAGAGCUGGAGCUCGGCUCGAGCUUUGCCGUCGCAUCGGCGGCCGCACUGACAGCUCCACAUCCAGCUUCUGCCUCGCCCUCCUCCCCAUCAGCGUCCUCAUCCGCUUCGGGCAGCAGCAUAACAAGCUUCGACUCCAACAGCUUGAUCGAUGACAAGCGACUGCCGCAAUCCACACACCAGCACCAGCAGCAGCACCAGCACCAGCAGCACCAGCUCGAGCAGCAGCUUCAGAUGCAGCAACACUCACGUAUUCAGGCCAAAGAUACGGCCGGGCCGUAUCCAAUACCUGCCCACAGGCCUGAGCCCGUUGAGAACCAUCUGGAGUCGACGCACGGCAUCGAUGGUACGGAUAAUGUGUUCGGCACGCCCAUGUACUUUGGCACCGAGAACUCAACCCUCGUUACGACACAAAUUGGCGCCACAGCCCACAUACCCUGCACCGUGCAUCACAUUGGCGAGGGUGUGGUCUCCUGGAUACGCAAAAAGGAUUAUCAUCUGCUCACGGUCGGCUUAACAACCUAUAGCAGCGAUGAGCGCUUCAGUGCGACACACUUAAAACAUUCCGAGGAUUGGACAUUGCAAAUCAAAUUUGUGCAGCUACGUGAUGCCGGCGUCUACGAGUGCCAAGUGUCCACACAUCCGCCCACAUCCAUAUUUUUGCACUUGAGUGUAGUCGAAGCGCGCGCCGAAAUAUCAGGACCCCCCAUACGUUAUCUGACGCCCGGGUCGACGCUGCGCCUGCAAUGUCGCGUGGUCCAGAAUACCGAGGCAUCCGAGUAUAUAUUCUGGUAUCACGACAACCGCAUGAUUAAUUAUGACAUUGAUCGGGGCAUUAAUGUGUCAACGGAGCCAGACUUUCAAUCAUCGGAGCUUACAAUUCAGCGCACCCGUCGUGAGCAUUCCGGCAAUUUUACCUGUGUGGCCAGUAAUACGCAGCCAGCCAGCGUUUUGGUGCACAUUUUCAAAGGCGAUAAUCCUGCGGCCAUGUAUCACGGACAUGUGGGCGGCUCGACCAAAACGACGCAGCGGCAGCUGCUGCACAACGUGAUGGCAAUGAUUGCCAUCGGCUAUCGGAUAUUCCACACAAGUGUCUAUAUGAAGAUUGUCUAGAGACUCUCGCUGCCCGCAACAUUUGUAACUAAACUUCAUCAAAGGGAACGUAAAGGCGAUAAUUAAGUUAAAUGCAUAAGUAAAAAACAAAACCUUAUUACAAUUCUUCAACAUUUAAUCAUCUCUAAGCUCUCU